AUGGUGCUAAAAGAACCUCCUUCAAAAGUUGCUGAUCAUCGGCCGANCGGUAGCAUCACCAUCAAGGUCCACGACGAUUCCGUCCCCAAAUCGCAGCAACUCAUCGUCAUGUCUCCCUCCGGAGUCCAGAAGGAGAGGAUGGAGCCUGAGGAUAUGUACGUGCUCUCUGAUGCCGGGAUCGUGCUUUCUGCCCCCUCAGCGAAGCCGUAUCCUAAUAAGCUGCCCAAAUGUACAGACUGUGCUCCACUGUUCAUGAAGGCUUAUCAGAUGCGAAAUGCUGGAGCUGUGAUUCACAGUCAUGGGAUGGAGUCUUGUCUCGUAACUAUGCUUCAUCCUUUCGCGAAGGAGUUCAGGAUAACUCACAUGGAAAUGAUAAAAGGAAUUCAAGGACAUGGUUACUAUGAUGAACUUGUUGUUCCAAUAAUUGAAAACACUGCUCUUGAGAGUGAGCUGACAGAAGCCCUCAGCGAAGCGAUUGCAGCAUACCCAAAAGCUACAGCUGUGCUUGUACGUAAUCAUGGCAUAUAUGUAUGGGGAGAUUCUUGGAUCAGUGCCAAGACCCAGGCUGAGUGCUACCAUUAUUUGUUUGAUGCUGCCAUCAAACUCUACCAGUUAGGUAUUGACUGGACCAGUCCAAGUCAUGGUCCAAUCAACAGUGCUAAAGUACAUCAAGGAAGUGAGAGGCAUGUAAAAGGUUCUAUUACGGCAGCACCUACAAAUGGAACUCAUGUUGCAGAACCAUUACGACAAUGCAUUGUUCUUGACAUUGAAGGAACAACAACUCCAAUAUCAUUUGUUACGGAUGUCCUUUUUCCCUAUGCCCGUGAUAAUGUGCGGAGACAUUUAAUGUCUACAUAUGACAGCAAGGAAACCAAAGAAGAUAUUGGGCUAUUGCAUGCUCAAGUUAAAGAUGACCUGGAAAAAGGUAUUUUAGGGUCUGUACCAAUUCCAGCUGAUGAUGCGGGGAAAGAAAAAGUGAUUGAUUCUUUGGUAACUAAUGUGGAAGCAAUGAUAAAGGCUGACAGAAAAAUUACUGCUCUCAAACAACUGCAGGGACAUAUAUGGAGAACUGGGUAUGAAAAUAAUGAACUGCAGGGAGUUGUAUUUGAGGAUGUUCCUGAAGCUCUUCAGAAGUGGCAUGCUAAGGGCAUCAAGGUUUACAUAUAUUCUAGUGGUAGUAGAGAAGCUCAGAGGCUCAUCUUUGGAAAUACAGUAUUUGGGGAUUUGAGAAAAUACUUGUGUGGAUUUUUCGACACUACUGUGGGGAAUAAAAGAGAAUCGCGCAGUUACUCUGAGAUCUCACAAUCGGUAGGAGUAGAUAAGCCAUCUCAAAUCCUAUUUGUGACGGAUGUCUAUCAAGAAGCUGUGGCUGCGAAGGCUGCUGGUCUUGAAGUGAUGAUCUCAGUUCGUCCUGGAAAUGCACCUCUCCCAGAAAAUCAUGGUUUCAAGACCAUCAAAUCCUUUGCAGAAAUCUGAGCUACUUGCAAAGUUGCAAAAGAUUCCCAUGGACUAGUGACUUCCCUGAAGAAUGGAUGUUUCAUGUGUGCAAAUGAUUGUAAUAAUUAUACUGUACUGUAUCAUAUGAGAGACUUAUUCUUCUGUUGGCUAUUGUGAAUCAAAAUAAAAUCUCAAGUUUUUGGGCGUCCAA